CCCCAAAUAAUUGAAUUUUGGGUCCUGGUUGGUUGUUUUAUUUUUUUUCUCCAAAAUUUUAACCCCCUCCCCCCCUGAGCCCGAGGUGCUGACGUCGCAAAAAAAUUGGAUAAAAACCUCGAUCAUGGGUUCGGGUCCCAUAGACCCCAAAGAGCUUCUCAAGGGCCUGGAUAGCUUCCUUAACCGAGAUGGGGAAGUCAAGAGUGUGGAUGGGAUUUCGAAGAUCUUCAGUCUGAUGAAGGAAGCACGAAAAAUGGUGAGUCGAUGCACUUACUUGAACAUUCUCCUGCAGACCCGUUCACCAGAAAUAUUGGUCAAGUUUAUUGAUGUUGGUGGUUACAAGCUUCUUAACAAUUGGCUGACAUAUUCAAAGACAACCAACAACAUUCCCCUCUUGCAUCAAAUUCUACUGACCCUGCAGCACCUACCACUCACUGUUGACCAUCUCAAGCAGAACAACACAGCCAAACUGGUGAAGCAGCUGAGCAAGUCAAGUGAGGAUGAAGAGCUCCGGAAAUUGGCCUCAGUCCUUGUCAGUGACUGGAUGGCAGUGAUCCGCUCCCAGAGCAGUACCCAGCCUGCUGAGAAAGAUAAGAAGAAACGGAAAGAAGAGGGAAAGAGUCGAACCACCCCUCCUGAGCGACCAUUGACUGAGGUGAAGGCUGAGACUCGGGCCGAGGAGGCCCCGGAGAAGAAGAGGGAGAAGCCCAAGUCCCUCCGAACCACGGCGCCCAGUCACGCCAAGUUCCGCUCUACCGGACUAGAGCUGGAGACCCCGUCUUUGGUGCCUGUGAAGAAGAAUGCCAGUGCAGUGGUGGUUUCUGACAAGUACAACCUUAAACCCAUCCCCCUCAAGCGUCAGAGUUCCACAGCUGCCGCAGGAGAUGCUGUGCCCCCUGCAGAGAAGAAAUACAAGCCACUCAACACAACACCCAAUGCCACCAAAGAGAUCAAAGUGAAGAUCAUCCCGCCACAGCCUAUGGAGGGCCUGGGCUUUCUGGAUGCGCUCAAUUCAGCCCCUGUUCCAGGCAUCAAAAUUAAGAAGAAGAAGAAGGUGCUGUCACCCACAGCUGCCAAGCCAAGCCCAUUUGAAGGGAAAACGAGCACAGAACCGAGCACAGCCAAACCUUCUUCCCCAGAGCCAGCACCUCCUUCUGAGGCUAUGGACACAGAAUGUCCAGGGACCCCAGUUCCCCCUGUUGAAGUCCCAGAGCUCAUGGAUACUGCCUCUUUGGAGCCAGGAGCUCUGGAUGCAAAGCCAGUGGAGAGUCCUGGAGAUCCUAGCCAGCUGACCCGGAAAAGCAGGAAGAGGAAAGCUGUGACCUGUCCUGAGGAGGGCAAACUGAGAGAGUAUUUCUAUUUUGAACUGGAUGAAACUGAACGAGUGAAUGUGAAUAAGAUCAAGGACUUUGGCAAGGCAGCUAAGCGAGAGAUACUGUCAGACCGACACGCGUUUGAGACGGCCCGGCGUCUGAGCCACGACAACAUGGAGGAGAAGGUGCCCUGGGUGUGCCCCCGGCCCCUGGUGCUGCCCUCGCCUCUUGUCACCCCUGGAAGCAACAGCCAGGAGUGGUACAUCCAGGCUGAGCGGGAUAAGGGGAUCCUUCAGGAGCUCUUCCUGAACAAGGAAAGUCCUCACGAGCCUGAUCCUGAGCCCUAUGAGCCUAUCCCCCCAAAACUCAUCCCCCUAGAUGAGGAAUGUUCCAUGGAUGAGACCCCAUAUGUUGAGACCCUGGAGCCUGGGGGAACUGGUGGCUCACCCGAUGGGGCGGGCGGUUCCAAGUUGCCUCCUGUUCUGGCCAAUCUUAUGGGAAGCAUGGGUGCUGGGAAGAGCCCCCAGGGUCCUGGAGGAGGAGUCAUCAAUGUGCAGGAGAUCCUCACCUUCAUCAUGGGUAGUCCUAACAGUCAUGCCUCAGAGGAACUGCUGAAGCAACCAGACUAUUCAGACAAGAUCAAGCAGAUGCUGGUGCCUCAUGGACUCUUAGGCCCUGGUCGCAUAGCCAAUGGUUUCCCACCGGGAGGCCCUGGGGGCCCCAAGGGCAUGCAGCACUUCCCACCUGGGCCUGGCGGACCUAUGCCAGGUCCCCAUGGGGGCCCUGGGGGCCCUGGUGGGCCAGUGGGUCCACGUCUCCUAGGUCCCCCACCCCCUCCCCGGGGGGGUGAUCCCUUCUGGGAUGGCCCAGGUGACCCCAUGCGGGGUGGCCUGAUGCGUGGGGGACCAGGUCCGGGGCCAUACCAUAGAGGCCGUGGUGGCCGAGGUGGGAGUGUACCACCUCCUCCUCCUCCAUUCCGAGGGGCCAGAGGAGGUUGCUCUGGAGGAGGACCUCCAAAUGGACGAAGGGGCCCUGGUGGGGGCAUGGUCGGAGGUGGUGGGCAUCAUCCCCAUGAAGGCUCUGGUGGGGGCAUGAGCAGUGGCAGCAGACAUCGUCCCCAUGAAGGCCCUGGCAGUGGCAUGGGCAGUGGGCAUCACCCCCACAAAGGCCCUGGCAGUGGCAUGGGUGGUGGCCGUGGCCAUCGUCCUCAUGAAGGCCCUGGUGGAGGAAUGGGUGCUGGUGGUGGACAUCGGCCCCAUGAAGGCCCUGCACAUGGGGGGCCCCAUGGCCACCGGCCUCAUGAUGGCCCUGGUCACCGAGGCCACGACCAUCGAGGGCCACCCCCUCAUGAGCACCGUGGCCAUGAUGGCCCUGGCCAUGGCGGAGGGGGCCACCGAGGGCAUGAUGGAGGCCACAGCCAUAGAGGAGACAUGUCAAAUCGCCCUGUUUGUCGACAUUUCAUGAUGAAGGGUAACUGCCGCUAUGAGAACAACUGUGCCUUCUACCACCCGGGUGUCAAUGGGCCCCCCCUGCCCUAGGGACCACCUGCCCACCCUGCCCACACUCCUGUGGACUGCAGCCUUGCUCCUUCCACCCUUUUAUGGCUUCUGUGGGGCCCAUUUUCCCCUUUCCCCAGCUGAUGAGGAGCCAGCCCCCUCAGUGCC